UAAAACGAGAAAAACCCUAAGCCCCUACCACUUUCACUGUGCUCUCUUCCUUUUUUCUCACUUCCACUCUCCCUCUCUCUCUUAAUUCUAAACCCUAGUCUCUUCCUCAUAUCGCAUACCCACGACCACGAGGGGGCUUUUAAGCCCUCUCGCUCUCGCUGCGUCGCACUCUACGCACAAUCACUCGGUGGUCAGCUAGCUCUCUCCCUUCGAUCAAUUUCGAGGGUGGUGUGUUUUAAUACCCGUGUUGUGAGAGGACACUGGUUUUCUCAGAGUUAUUGGGUAUUAGGGAAGCCAUACAAUUUUUCCUAAGAACUUGAAAUUCGGGCUUUGUCCAUCUUGAAUCGACACAGUUUGUUAGUAUGAUUGCCACUAAAACCAUGCUAUCAAGCAACAAGCUGAAGAUUAAAUUUGCCUGCAAAAGAAUUGAAGCUGAUCUUGGCAAAAAAAUAGAAGCUGAUCCUCAGAAACGCUCGUGUGACUUUGGGCAUCAAGUGUCACUUAAUGAGGUCAGCUCAAUGGCAAAACCUUCGUUCCCAGGUUCUAAGAAGCGUGCAGCCCCAGAAAUUCUCGAAUCUCAGAAAGAGAAGAAGCUGAAGAUGGAUCGUAGUGUGACGUUGCAGUGUUCAACGAUUCUGAAAACACUGAUAACUCAUAAGGAUGGUUGGGCUUUCAGUAAACCUGUUGAUCCCUUGUCUCUAAACAUUCCUGAUUACUUUCAUAUUAUCUCUCAUCCCAUGGAUUUGGGCACAAUAAAAUCAAAGCUGGAGAAAAAUAUGUACCGCAACACUGAAGAGUUUGCAGCUGAUGUCAGACUGACUUUUUCUAAUGCCAUGGUCUACAAUCCUCCUGCCAAUAUUUUUCAUCAGAUGGCAAAAAACCUGAAUAAGAUUUUUGAGAUGAGAUGGGGUCUUUUAGGUGGGAAGUUGAAUCAUGGAAGCUCAAAGGCUGAACCAGGGAAAUCAUCGAGUGGUCAAAUUAAGAAAGUAACUUAUACAAGGCAGAAUCCCGAUAGAACUCCUCCCUUUCAUAAUAUGUCGGUGACCAAGAGGUCCAUGCCUUCCGAAGAGAAGGUCAGAGUUCAUGUUGAUACAAGGCAGAAUCCCAGUAGAACUCCUCCCUUUCAUAAUAUGUCGGUGACCAAGAGGUCCGUGCCUUCCGAAGAGAAGGUCAGAGUUCAUGUUGGUGCGAGUGAUGGUGAGGCAGAGCUUUCCAAAACCGUGCAGCAUUGCACUCCCAAAUUAUUAGCAAAGAAUUCAGGCACUGAUAGUGGCAGUAGACAAGCUUCAGGCUCUGUGAAUGCAAAGCAGCCAUCAAGCCCGGUUGGCAGAAAAUGUGGUUCAUGUGGCAACCUUGCAUGUCGAUGCGGGCUUCCUUGUGACUCAAUGGGCAGAGAUCAUCGUUUGUCUAAUCCCAAUGCAUCCAGACUGGAUUGUCAAGCAAAAAGCUUGUCAACAUCCCAGAUGAGCAAGUCAGAUCCAGAAUCUGAUGGGGCUGUAAGUGCUUUGGAUGACGAAAACAUUUGUCCCAGCCCUCAGCUUACAACUCCAGUAACGGAUGCUGCAUCUGGAGAAGAAUGGAAAACUUCUCUUUUUGAUGUUCAACUAUCACCAAAAAGAGCUCUCCGUGCUGCAAUGCUAAAGAGCCGCUUUGCAGACACUAUUUGGAAAGCUCAACAAGAAAAACUCCUGGAUCAAGGUGGUAGAUGUGAUCCAAUGAAGAUGCGACAGGAAAAAGCAAGAUUGGAGAGGAGGCAGCAUGAAGAGAAGGCAAGGAUUGAAGCUGAAAUAAGAGCUGCUGAAGCCGCCACACGAAUGAGGGCUGAGAUUGAGUUGAAGCAGCAACGGAAGAGAAAAAGAGAAGAAGCUCGAAUUGCACUUGAGAAGAUGCAAAGAACGGUUGAGAUUGAUCCAAACUUGAAGAUCCUAGAGGAACUUGAAAGAUUAACUGGAUUCUCUCCAUCCACUCCUCUUCUCAACUAUAAGGGUCGGUUUGGGGCGUUUGGGGGAGCGCACCUCCGAUCACCUUUGGAACAGUUAGGAUUGUUUAUAAAGGCUGAAUAUUCAGGAGAUGAGGAUGAUGAUGAGUCAAUUCUGAACGAGGAUGGGGAGGAAGGGGAGAUUGUUUGAUACACUGCGUGUUGGUCCCUUACUAAUUGUAUGUGUUCUGUUUUUCCAGCUCAAGAUGUUUUGUAUCAGUCAAUCGAGAGGGAAAAGAGACCAUUGUAAAUAAUCUUUUACUUUUUAAAAUUUUCUGGUAGUGGGGAUAUACGAGUAUACAUAAUAGACAAUAUUAUAGUUCUCUCUCUUAAAGAACGAAGAA